UAAAAUCUGGUCGCUUGCCAAAACUAAAGGAACAAUAGAAAUUAACGCUUAUUUUUAGCAAAAUCCGAGGUGGAUGUAACUGCGGUGUAAAGAGGAAGGUUUACUGCACACUUAGCUCGUUUUCGAGCGCGCCAAUAUGUUAACAUCUUGUAUGGUCGUGAAAAUGUCAGGAAAUCGUUAUAAAGGCAGCUUGGAUAGGAGAAAAUUGCAGCCUUUCCAUGGUGCUAUACCAGCUAGAAUAUACAGCCACCCACCUCUGUAUCCAGGAGAGCAGAUCAUCUUUCAACAAGACCAUAUCGUGUGCGUGGACUCCUUUGACAGUCAUUCAGAGGGUGUUCUACAUCUUACUACAUUCAGGAUUAUUUUUACUGGCAACUACUGUAAAGAAUUAUACUCAGCCAUUAAUGACAAGAAUUCCAUGUUUGAUGAGGAUGCAGAAGAAUUAUCCAAAAAAGGCUCAAGGCGUCAGUCUGUCUCUUCCAAAAGCGUGCUGGCAAAUAAUCAGAAAAACCACUCAAAGCCAGGAACAGAAGUCUACCAGAGACAGCAAAUCAGAUUGGCAAAAUGUCCUAGUCCACUCAAAUAUUCACAAUCUGUGAAGAAGCGUAGCAACACAUCAUAUGACGUUGCUGGGCUUGAUGACCCUAAUACACCCAAACUGAUGACCUACAGACCUCUAGUUUUAUCCAAUUUAGAACACAUAAAACAUGUCUAUGAUUUAGAGCUGUCAAUUCCUUGCACAAGUAUUUAUGAUAUAAGAAAAUAUUCGAAAAAAAACCUGCCUAAAGGAAAGAGUAUAUUCCUUUGUGAUGGGUUUGAAAUUCUCUGCAACAACAUCAAGUCACAUCGGUUUUGCAUUGGACUUCAAAGUUGUUAUGAUGCUGACAGUAUCAUUAAACUCCUUACUUACCAUGCCAAACCAACAUUUAGUCGACUGUUUGCAUUUGCUCAUAAAAGUGCAAUAAUAGUGCCUAGAAAAACAUGCAGUAUACUGGAGAGUAGAGAUGCUCCAAAUUUCUAUAAGUUCAAUGACGAAUAUAUCGACAGAUUGGGCCUGCUUUCGACAAACGAAUGGAAAGUACCUAGUCACGUAUGCGAACAUUACCCAAUGAGAACGCUGGUACCAUCAACGAUAACAGACGUUGAUCUUAAAAACGUGGCUAACUUCCACAGAAAUGACUGUUACCCUGCAGUUUGUUGGAAGCAUAAAAAGAAUGGCUCAGUGAUGCUCAGAUCGGCGAUAGCCAUCACUCGGAGGGGUUUACUGGAGUCACGCUGUGAACACGACGAGACGUUUUUAAACAGCGUGUGUCAGAUCAACCAGUAUGCUGCCAAGAACAAGCUUGUUGUCUUCUCUGAACAACCAAAGCAAUCUGGUGCAGGACUGUUGAAUACUCCUACCCAACGGAUGAACGAUGCAACAGGACAGUUAACUCCAGAACAAGGAGAAACUUUCUACUAUGCUAACUGUAAGUUCGUCUACGUGGAUACAGCUCCCGAUUUUAAAGCGAUUCGACAAAGUGCCUUCAAACUGCAGACAUUCCUUGCCAGCACGAUUGAGGACAGUAAAUAUCUUACAUCACUAGAGGAGACAGAAUGGCUGUCACAAAUAAGUGAGCUAAUACAAACCGGUACUCAAGCUGCUGUUGCUAUGGAUUGCGAUAGAUCAUCAGUCCUGUUUAGUUAUGGCGAUGGGUUUGAUCGUACGGCUCAGCUUACAAGCCUAACACAGCUUCUUCUCGACCCAUACUACAGAACAUUCGAUGGCUUUCAGAUAUUGAUCCAGAAGGAGUGGAUGGCCUUUGCUCACCGAUUCGUUGAUCGUACCCUCCCUGCUGAAACACCAGACGAACAUGGCCCUGUGUUUUUACAGUUCUUAGACUGUGUCUGGCAGAUAACUCAACAAUUUCCAUUUUCUUUUGAGUUUAACUCUUCGCUAAUCGAGACAAUAGCAGAGAGUGCGUACUCUUGUCGUUUUGGAGAUUUUCUGGCCAACUCUGACUAUAAAAAGAAAGGAGUACAUGAGAGGUCAGCGUCGUUAUGGACGUGGCUGAACGUGGCGAGCAUGUCUGAUCCUGAUCGAUUCACUAACCCACGCUACAGACCCAAUCCAAGUGCUCUUUUUCCACGGUUCAACAUUCCCUUCCUUAAAAUCUGGACGUUUUAUUCGUCAACUUGCAAACAGGAAAAUGUUCGAGAAGCUCGCAAGGCAGGACAGCUUCAGGGUUUGAAGCUGGAAGAGACAUACAAGGAUCUUCUUGAUAAAUUUAAACUCUUGCGUCAAAAGGCGGAGUGCGAUACCACACAAGACAACGGUCUAACGAAUUAUCCUAACCCCAUUUCCAAUCACGUGACAUUCACCGUCAGCGACAGUAGUUCUUCGACAGAUUCUAUCAACGAAGAGCAGAGUGAUUUGGUAUCAAGCCUCACGUCAACGCUUGCUCUCGAUUCUUACAACAGCACUGAUGGCGUUAAGCCGGUGAACCCUGAGCGACGAAUGACCCGAAGUCGCUCACUUGACGACAUGCUCAACGUGUCAAAUCAAACGACGUUAAAACGAGCCAGUUUGAAGAGAAAAGUCGGAGGAAGUAAAUUUUAUACGGAACGGCUCCUGGACGAAUUAAAUAGAGAGCCAAGGAAGAGAUUCGUUGUGCCCCAACCAAUCCAAGAGAAAUAUAACAAUCUCCAGGAAUAUCUACACGGCACAGGCGUCAACUUCUCGACAGAAAACACUGUCAAGAUAACGGAUAAACUUUGCUGUGGGUACCUGGUCAAACAAGGAAAAAUUCACAAAAGCUGGAGAAAGCGGUGGUUUGUUCUGGAUCUUGAGAAGAAAUGUUUGGCAUACUUCGAAUCCGAAAAGAGUCAACACCCAAAAGGAGCAAUCAAUUACCAGUCCAUCGUGGAAGUCCAUCGACACAAAAGAUCUUCAAAAAAGAAAAAGGAUUUCAAAUUUGAUAUCGUUACACCCGAAAGAACUUACGCUAUCGAGACACCGAACGAAAUCAAUAUGAACAUUUGGUUGGCUUGCUUGACUAUCCCGCCAAAUGCUAUUGAAUUUGGCUAAUCAUGGUCACGUGGUAACCACGUAGCAUGAAGACACAUAUUGUCCCGAGUAACACUUUUGGUGACAAGUAAUGGCGGAACAAAGAUUUGGCGCCGAAUAGAUACGAUGGAAGUUUAUUGGCCAGCACUUUUACUAGAACGAGGUCAUGAGAUUUUUGCGUCAGCCAUAAUGACUGCUUUCCAUAUAGCUGGAGUUUAUGCCUUGGUUGUUUGUUUAUAUCAGUGAAACUCGUGUUUUCUUGUGUUAUCGUACGUUUAUGGUUGGUUUUGAUGUAGGUAAUGGUGGUGUUGCCACGUUUCAAAUGAUUAUUCUCAGCGUCUUUUGUGUUAAAGACCCAUUGCCACUUACCGUGAUGCAUCACAAUUUGUUUACAUUUUGAAUCGUGUCACCACCGAAAAAACAAUUCCAACCUUUUGAACAAACUCUUAGAUAGUCCCUAAAGCCGU